CAAAAUGUGUCUCUGGUUUACUGUUUCUCAGGUUCACAGUCUGUCAGACCGUUUCCCCGUACACGUGAUCACCGCCACGCCAGCUCAAGCACAGGUGUCACCGGCUUGCACAGCGUUGGCCGAUUGACUGGGGUCUUAGGUACUGCACGGAUCAUCUCUCCAUGGUGUGAGUCGCGGCAGCCGACCCACAUCGUCCCCGCGCCUGAGAUCUUCCGACACUCGAAUCUGAUGGAGAGCAAGGAAGUGGACUCUGCGAGCUGCGGGGGACCUGCAGGUGGAGUUCUGUUGCCUCGACCUGUGCUCGGCCUAUUUGCAGUGCAACAUGCAUGGGAUGGCGUCACGUCGAGAGCGGGCUGUGAACGCGGUGGUCCGUGCACAAUUGUACCAACGUGCCAAGGCCCCAAGUCGAGCUCGCGAUCUCGCUCUCGGACCUCCAGCGCCUUAGCUCGCCCCAAACCGGCUCUUCUGAGGUGCACAGCAGCCAGCGCUGGCAGUGCUGCUCGUGUUCUUCCAAGUGGCGAGUACGGUGAGGAUAUAGUCUCCUCGACAUCUCCCCGCCCUCCCUACUCUUCACCGCGCUCUCGAACCACAGAACAUCCAGACGACAUCACCCACUCUGACCAUGUUCGCUCUUCUCCUCCUUGCUCCCCUCGCUCUCGCGCAGGCCACCUUUCCCACUGAGUGUUACGGGGCCUGCCUCUCCUUCAGUUCGGCGUACGCCAAUUGCAUUCCCAACUUGAGCAACGAGAAGGACUGGGUUGAGUGCCUCAAGCCCCUUUGCCCGGGCGGCGCGCUGCACA